AUGGGUAUUAGCCGUUCUUCGUUGAGCAAGUGCUCCAAAACGGGCGCCAAGCGCACUCCUUACCGCAAGAAAAGAAAGUUCGAGUUGGGUCGUCCUGCUGCCAUGACCAAGCUUGGUGCCAAGCGUGUCCACACUGUGCGCACUCGUGGUGGUAACUCCAAGUUCCGUGCUCUUCGUUUGGAGUCUGGCAACUACUCUUGGGGCUCUGAAGGUGUCACUCGCAAGACCCGUAUCUUGACUGUCGUCUACAACGCCUCCAACAACGAGUUGGUCCGUACCAACACUCUUGUCAAGAACGCUGUUGUCCAAAUUGAUGCCACUCCUUUCCGUCAAUGGUACGAGAACCACUAUGCUCUUCCCCUCGGCAAGAAGAAGCUCGCUACUUCCAAGGCUGAAGAAGUCGCUGCUGCCGUUGCUCAAAAGUCCAAGAGCGUCCAAAAGAAGGUCGCUGCUCGUCAACAAAACGGUGCCGUCGACACUCUUUUGGAUGACCAAUUUGCUGCCGGUCGUCUCUAUGCCGUCAUCUCUUCCCGCCCUGGUCAAUGUGGUCGUGCUGACGGUUACAUUCUUGAAGGCAAGGAGCUUGAGUUCUACCUCAAGAAGAUCAAGUCCCGCAAGUAA